AUGGCAACACCCGAUGACAUGCAAGGCAUGCAAGCCUGCAACCUCUGCAACCUUCCAGAGAACUACAACCUCAAAUACUACAUGUACCACCUCGUCACCUGGCCUCGGCUGUCCUACGUCGCCGAAGACCCCAAAGGGAGGAUCGUAGGGUACAUCCUAGGGAAAAUGGAAGAAGACCCCAAAGACGCUCCGCACGGACACGUCACCUCCAUCUCUGUCUUGCGCACCUAUCGUCGUCUCGGGCUCGCGAAGCGGCUGAUGAUCCAGGCGCAGGAGGCGAUGGCGGACUGUUAUGGUGCGGAUUAUGUGAGCUUGCAUGUGAGGAAGAGUAAUAGGGCUGCUAUUGGGUUGUAUAGGGAUACACUGGGGUUUCAGGUCAGCGAGGUCGAGAAGGGGUAUUAUGCGGACGGAGAAGAUGCGUAUGGGAUGCGACUUGUCCUCCAUCCGUCAGAGGUUUACCCAUGAGUGGUAUAAUGAACUUGUAUCUAUCCCACGUCACAUCCAUUAC